UUCAUCGUCCUUCUUCACAACACCUCUCCAAGAACUAAAUAAAAUAAAAAAUGAAGGCUACAUCCACCACCAAUGUCUUUGCCAUUUUCAUUCUCUUUGCUUUCAUCUCCUUCCACCUACCUUCUUUAGCCACGGCUGAAUUGCUCGACACAGACGGCGACCUUAUCCAAAACGGCGGCUUAUACUACAUCCUCCCAGUUUUUCGAGGCAACGGUGGUGGAAUAGGCCGAACCACCACCGGAAACGAAACGUGUCCACUAACCGUUGUCCAACAACGCUCCGAAGUGGACAACGGGUUACCAAUUAAAAUUUCAUCUCUGGCCUUAAUCCUUUAUCUCUAUGAAGGACUUCCUUUGGAUUUAUCCUUUUCGGCUGUUCCUUUGUGUACUCCUAUUCCUUCCAGAUGGACUCUCGUCAAGGGUCUACUGGGAGGAAAAGGAGCCACGGUGAAACUCACCGGUUUUUACGAGAACGAGGUGCAGGGUUGGUUUGAGAUAAGGAAACACUUGGAUGACUAUAAACUUCGCUUUUGUGCUUCUUCAAAUAAUAAUUGCGUGGAUAUUGGGGUUAAACGUGAUGAUGAGGGAAAUAGGCUUUUGGUUGCAACGGAAGAUAACCCUUUCGUGGUUAUGUUUAAGAAAGCUAAGUCGUCUUAUUCUGCUUGAAGAUCGAUCCAUGCAUGAUAAUAAGCAAAUAAUAAUUAAGCCAUGGAAAAAAAAGUUUAAUCUUGUAUGUACUUUCUUAUCUGACGGGAUAAGAUAUGUUCGUUAUGAAUGUGCAAGAUGAGAUUAAACUCUAUUUGUAAGAAUAAUUAUGGAGACGGCUUAUUCCAAGAUAUGUUCGUAUAACAAUAUUUUCACGUAAAUAACCAUCUUUAUUAAGUAUUUUGCUAAAAAAAUAUUGGUUUCUAACUAAUGGAUGGAACUGGUAAAUAAAUGUUUAUUUAUCCUUUGAAGACACUGUUAUAUUCUUUAAAAAAUAAGGCACACUAUUAAUCUCUUAUUUUGUCUUUCUAAAUGAAUCGAGGGGUAUCUACUUUAU